AUGCGUGUUUUUCGAAAAAAGAAACGUUAUUAUAACCAUCCAGAUGGUGAACCCUUACCUGAUAUUGUUUAUCAAAUGGGUGCUGAAGCAGCAGCACGAUAUGUAGCUUUAGCAUCAAGAGAACAACAAGCUUAUGCUGCUAUAAAUCCAUAUGAACAAGCAGCUAUGUAUAAUCAACAUCAUGUACCAAUGGUAGUGGGACAAAAUUACAUCGAUGAAGCAGCGGAAUAUCAAAUAGGAGGAAAUCCUCGACGUUCUUCUCCAUUAAAUUUUAUUGCUUCUCCUUUUGGCUUAGGUCGAUCCGGAUCUCGUGAACGUUUUUCUCGAGCUGGUUCACCUGCACAUUUUCAUCAAUAUCAACCUGGCAGUCCGGCUCAUUAUCAUCAACGAUCGCAUUCACCUGAAUUGAUACGAUCACGACCUUCAUCGCCUGUUCCAUUUAUUCCACCAGUACGUUCAACACCGGCUGACGUUGCACGUCGUCUUCAACGUGCUCAACUAUCACAAGAUUUACAACGCAUGGAAAGAUAUGAAAGACGUCAAGAAGAAAUGAUGCUGGCUAAUGGGGCUCAAUUUGUUCCUCAAUAUCAACAAGUACAAAUGCCGUACUAUUCAAUGAAUCCAAUGUUACAGCAACCACAAAUGUAUCCGUAUUACUACUGA